UUACUUUAGGAUUGUAAUUUCAAAACUGAAUUUCCUUUUCUUUCUCAUCCUAAAAUCCUUGGAGAUUGAUGAAUUUUUAUCCCCUUCACCCUCUUUCAUGUCAGCACACAAAAUCUUUCCUCAUCUCCACCGUCCACUUCAUUGACAUUGUCUACAUUAAAGUCAAAUCUCAAGCAUAUUUAAAAAACAUUUUUGAAAAGAACGCAACACUUUCAUAAGCCGCAUACCAGAGGAUCUAAACCCUCUUUGAUCUCCAUUGAAGAACAAGAAGACCACCCAGAAAAGAGCAAAAACCAAACCCAAAAAAAAAAAAAAACCAAAAAUUCACGUCUUUUUAUCAAAACAAUGAAAAGAAUCAAAACCCAUCUAAGUUGAAGAUUAUUAAUAGUAAUCAAACGACUGCAAAAUUGAAAAUAACGAAACCCUAGUUGUCAUGAUCAAAUGCUUUAAGGUGCACAAUAGUAAUAGAGAACAACACCACGAUGAUCAAUACAACGAACGGCAUGAUUUCAACGUCAUCGGCAUCGGGAAACACGCAAUCACCUGGGUUAAAAACCUACUUCAAAACCCCAGAAGGUCGUUAUAAGCUUCACUAUGAAAAGACACAUCCUUCUGGUUUGCUUCAUUAUGCUCAUGGCAAAACCGUUACCCAGGUAACAUUAGCUAAUCUAAAGGAUAAGCCAGCUCCAUCUACCCCAACAGGCUCAGCAUCGAGCUUCAGUGCUAGUAGCGGAGUACGAUCAGCUGCAGCUAGGUUGUUAGGGGCUGGCAAUGGAAGUCGUGCACUUAGCUUUGUUGGAGGAAAUGGUGGGAGCAAAAGUGUUAGUGGCAGUAGUAGGAUUGGGUCAUUGGGUGCUUCAAGUUCAAGCAAUUCAAUGAUUAAUCCAAAUUUUGAUGGAAAGGGAACUUACUUGAUCUUCAAUGUGGGAGAUGCAAUAUUUAUAAGUGAUUUAAACUCUCAAGAUAAGGAUCCAAUAAAAUCUAUACAUUUUAGUAAUUCAAACCCUGUGUGCCAUGCCUUUGAUCAAGACGCUAAGGAUGGACAUGAUUUACUGAUUGGGUUGAAUUCUGGUGAUGUCUACUCGGUAUCACUAAGACAGCAAUUACAGGAUGUUGGAAAGAAGCUUGUUGGGGCCCAGCAUUAUAACAAAGAUGGUUCUGUCAAUAACAGCCGGUGUACAAGUAUCACAUGGGUUCCAGGAGGUGAUGGGGCUUUUGUUGUUGCUCAUGCUGAUGGAAAUUUGUACGUGUAUGAGAAGAGUAAAGAUGGUGCAGGUGAUUCUUCAUUUCCCGUUAUCAAAGAUUUGACUCAAUUUUCUGUUGCACAUGCGCGGUAUAGUAAGAGUAACCCUAUUGCCAGAUGGCAUAUUUGCCUAGGUUCAAUCAAUAGCAUUGCUUUCUCAGGAGAUGGAGCCUACUUAGCUACUGUUGGAAGAGAUGGCUAUUUGCGUGUUUUUGACUAUAUUAAAGAACAACUUAUAUGUGGUGGGAAAAGUUAUUAUGGUGCUCUACUAUGUUGUGCUUGGAGCAUGGAUGGAAAAUACAUUUUAACUGGAGGUGAAGAUGAUUUAGUUCAAGUUUGGAGUAUGGAGGACCGGAAGGUUGUGGCGUGGGGUGAGGGGCAUAACUCGUGGGUUAGUGGAGUGGCUUUUGAUUCAUACUGGUCAUCACCAAAUUCAGAUGGUACUGGAGAGACCAUAAUGUACCGGUUUGGAUCUGUUGGCCAGGACACACAGUUGCUUCUCUGGGACCUAGAAAUGGAUGAGAUUGUUGUGCCAUUACGUCGAUGCCCUCCUGGUGGAUCUCCCACUUUCAGUACAGGAAGUCAGUCAUCACAUUGGGACAACGUUGUGCCAGUUGGUACACUGCAACCAGCUCCAAGCAUGCGAGAUGUACCAAAACUUUCCCCAGUAGUUUCUCAUCGUGUUCAUACUGAACCCCUUUUUGGCUUGUUAUUUACUCAGGAAUCUGUUCUGACUGUGUGUCGAGAGGGCCACAUUAAAAUUUGGAUGAGACCUGGGACUGCAGAAAGCCAGACAGGCAACUCCGAAACUGUUUUGAGUAGCAGUUUGAAGGACAAGCCUUUAUUAUCAAGUAAGACUGGCAGUUCUAGUUAUAAGCAAUGACCAAACGUUCAUCAGAUACAAGGAAGAACCAAUCUCUUUUUCCGUGGAUUUAUAUUUUUAAUUUGCUAUAUGGACGUUCUGUUUUCAGCCAGUUGGUAUUCCUGCAAAUGGGCACUGAAGGAGAGUAAUUGGUUUGCAGUGAGAUUAAUUAACUGGAUACCAUUUUAUAUCUAGGGAUAAAAUUACUAUUGAUGGCACUAAGAGCCUGAGAGGGAAAGGACCUCCUUUGUAAGUACAAAACGGCUAUUGCUAGGAUAUAUAUAUAUAUAUAUAUAUAUAUAUAUAUAUCUCUACUGCAUAUAUUGAAUUUACUGACGGGGAAUAAUUGGGAAUUCCUUUGAGAUUUGUGUUUCUUGGAGGUGAAUGUUCGUUUAAUUCUAUUGGUAUGAAAUGCCACAAUUGCCAUAUAUGUUAACUUUCACGCCGAGACACAAACAGCUUCAUGUAAUGACUGGAAACAAAACUAAUUUGCCUCUUGGAUUUUUGGGCAACUUGAUCAGUCUUAAGUCUGGGUUGCAAUAACAUGUGAUGUGAGAGGGAGAUAAAACUUGGUCAAAAUACAUACAACAUUAAGUA